GAAGUGGUCGUGUUGGGAAAAGUGGGAAAAGCCCAAAAUUCGUCUGUAGGAAGAACCAUGGGCCUUGGAAUGGUUGGGUUGGGAAAGGUGGGAAGAGCCCAAAAUCCACCUCUGGGAAGGCCUGGAAUGGUUGGGUUGGGAAAAGUGGGAAAAGCCCCAAAUACCUCUGUAGGAAGAACCAUGGAGCCCUGGAAUGGUUGGGUUGGGAAAAGUGGGAAGAGCCCAAAAUCCACCUGUGGGAAGGCCUGGAAUGGUUGGGUUGUGUGCUUCUGGGAAACAUGGGGAGAGCCCCAAAUCUACCUGCAGGAAGAACCAUGGACCUUGGAAUGGUUGGGUUGGGAAAAGUUGGAAGAGCCCAAAUUCACCUGUGGGAAGGAUUUCAGAAGCCGUGAAGUGGUCAGGUUGGAAAGGGUGGGAAAAGCCCAAAAUUCGUCUGUAGGAAGAACCAUGGAGCUCUGGAAUGGUCAAGUUGGGAAAAGUAGGAAGAGCCCCAAAUCCACCUGUGGAAAGCCUGGAAUGGUUGGGUGCUUCUGGGAAAAGUGGGAAGUGCCCCAAGUCCACUUGUGGGCAGGAUCUCAGAAACCCUGGAGUGGUCAGGUUGGGAACGGUUUUUGAUGAGGAAGGGAAGAAUGUGACACCCCUUCCCCUCUUCCAGCCAGACCCAAAUGCUGCCAGGACACAUGGGAGCAGCACCUCAACAACCCAGCCUGCCUCAGAUGAGACAGAACCUCAACAAGCGCCAGCUGUGAGCUUGUCUGCAGUGCAGGAGGAGGGGGAGGCAGCGCUGACGGAGGCAGAGCUGGAGCGGAGGGUGCACAUUCUCCUGGCGGAGACGGACACGCUGUGGCUGCUGGAGCUGCCCACGGCCCUGCUGUCCGGCGGGGCCCCGGAGGCGCCCGGGGUGCUGGAGAGGAAUAACAUUUAUACAGAGCUCUGCAAGGCUAAAAUUGGCAGUGAGUACUUUGAGGAAAAAAUCGUGCAGACCAUCUCUGGAGCUGCCAAAACCAAGGAGGUGCAGUGUGAGACCAUCACCGUGGCAGAGAAAGGGACGGUGGUGACCCCCUGGGAUUUGGACAGCUCGCUGGAUGCCUCAGGAACAGAGCCUGCAGAGACAGAAGAGCCCAGAUCCCCAGCAGAGAAAAGCAGCAAGUCUCCCACAGCUGAGGAGCAGGGUCAGGCUGGGGCUGUCCCUUCUGCCACAGGGAGGGCUGCUCCUGCCAGGAGCCCCGAGGAGCAGGAAUGCCACUCAGGAGCAAUCUUAACUUCUGCAAAGCUGCAGCAGGAUUUGGUUGUCAUGGAGAGGAUUCUCAUGGAGAACAUUUUCCAGCCCAAGCUCGCAGUUUAUCGGCAGAUUCCUGUCCUCAUAGAACCUGCUGUUACCCCAGCCACUGAGGUGGAGGAAGACGAGGAGGAGAAGGAUGAGGAGGAGCAGGAGGAAGCAGCCGAGGCAGCAGAAGGGGCAGGCCCCAGGCUGGAGCAGCUGUGGUCCUACGGCUGUGAUUUGACCAGGGGCCACAGCGUGAGCAGCAUGGCCUGGAACAAAGCGAACCCCGAUCUCUUAGCAGUCGGUUACAGGGAGUUUGUUUCUCGGGAUCAGAAGAAAGGCCUGGCUUGCUGUUGGUCACUGAAGAACCCCAUGUGGCCAGAGCGCGUUUUCCGCUGCGAGCACGGCGUCACUGCAGUGGAUUUUUCCCUGGCCAGCCCCAGCCUGCUGGCCGUGGGGACGGCCGACGGCCGCGUGGCCGUGUACGACGUGCGGAGCCGCGGGGACGCCGCGCUGCUGGACAGCAGUGCAUCCCUAAAUAAACACAAAGGUCCUGUAUGGCAGCUGAGGUGGGUGCAACAGGACAGAGGUGCAACAGCAGGUGACAAAGAAGAGAGACUGAUGUGUAUCUCAGGAGAUGGGCGAAUGACCCAGUGGUUCAUUCAGCAAAGGCUGGAUUGCUCUGAUGUGAUGCAAAUCAAGCGAACAGAAAGUGGGAAGAAAAAAUUACCAGGUGAGAGAGAAAGGAAAAGUGAAGGUCCCAUAUCACAGCAGGCAGCUGGAAUGUGCUUCGACUUCCAUCCAGAGGAUGCUGACAUUUUUCUUGCUGGAACAGAAGAGGGCCACAUCUACUGCUGCUCUUGCUCAGGCAAGGAGCAGAUUCUGGGCACAUACAGAGGCCAUCAGGGCCCUGUGUACAAAGUUGCCUGGAACCCCUCCAGCACAGACAUGUUCCUCAGCUGCUCUGCAGACUGGAGCAUCCUUUUGUGGCACCGGCAUUCCCACACCCCCCUUUUAACCUUCACUUCUGUCACAGCUUUUGUUCACGACAUCAAGUGGGCUCCAAAGUCAGCCCUCAUCUUCGCAGCAGUGAAUGAGAAGAGGGUGGAGAUUUGGGAUCUGAGUGUCAGCAUCUUCGACCCCGUGCUCUCCUGUGCUGCCAGCCCUGAAGGGAACCUCAGCUCCCUCCUGUUUGCCAGGAACGCCGAGUGCCUGCUCCUGGGGGACAGCUGUGGCCAGGUGGGGGUGUGGCAGCUGCACAGCCUGGCUGUCCCCAGCACCGACCAGGCUGGCUCCUUGUAUGACAUUGUUGCUUCUGCUGGAGCUGUUUAGCAGUAGCUGAUAUCCCUUCUCCUUCAGGAAAUGCUGUGGUGUAAACAUAAACUGGUUAUCUCUCUUCAUCAAUAAAGUUUCUCUUUGAAACCACA